CCCCUCCCACCUUCCAAAACCUACAGCUCCAAGCAAUGGACAACAAAAACAACGAUCACUUCUCCUACCCUCCCGACUCCGAUUUGGACCUCAGCUUCACCAGCUGCGCCUCCGCCGCCACCACCACCACCUUCUCCUCCUCCGCGCGCAGUAGUCUCGCGCGGAGCAGCCUCACUCUCAGCUUCAACGAGUCUCGUCUCUCUUCCACCACCUCCGCCUCCACCUCGAUCCCCAGCCUCCACUCCCGCCCUCACCGCCAGUCUGACCCGAACUGGUCCGCCAUCAAAACCGCCACCAAUCUCUCCUCCGACAACACGCUCCACCUCCGCCACUUCAAGCUGCUCCGCCACCUCGGCUCCGGGAAUCUCGGCCGCGUCUUUCUAUGCCGCCUACGUGAUAAUGAUCACGCGAAUUUCGCCCUCAAGGUUAUUGACAGAGACUCGCUCACUUCUAAGAAAAUCUGCCACGUGGAAACCGAGGCGCAGAUCCUCUCCACGCUGGACCACCCGUUUCUUCCUACACUCUAUGCUCAUCUCCAGGUCUCUCACUACACAUGUCUUCUCAUUGAUUACUGUCCUAACGGUGAUCUACAUAACUUGCUACACAAGCAACCCGGUUACCGGCUACCGGUCGCGUCGGUCAAGUUCUACGCAGCUCAAGUUUUGGUCGCUUUGGAGUACUUGCAUGCAAAAGGCAUUGUUUACCGUGACUUAAAACCCGAAAACAUUUUAAUCCGUGAAGACGGCCACAUUAUGUUAUCCGAUUUCGAUCUCUGUUUCAACGCUGACGUGGAUCCCAAACUUGAAACUCGAACUCAGCUCGGUAAGAAACACCGGUCACGAAACGCCUGUUUUCGUGACCGGAGACCUGUGGAGCAGGUCGUGACCGAAUUCGUCGCGGAGCCAACGAAUGCGUUCUCCAAAUCCUGCGUGGGAACACAUGAAUACCUAGCGCCCGAGCUGGUCAACGGAAGCGGCCACGGCAACGGAGUUGACUGGUGGGCAUUCGGCAUCUUAGUUUACGAGAUGCUCUAUGGAACGACACCGUUCAAGGGAUCAACUAAAGAAUCAACUCUACGCAAUAUAGCAUCUACAAAAGGGGCGUUGUUUAACGAACAAGAGAAUGCAGAAGUAAAAGACCUGAUAGAGAAGUUGUUAGUAAAAGAUCCGAGAGGAAGGCUCGGAUGCUCCAGAGGCGCAACUGAUAUUAAACGACACCCGUUUUUCAACGGAGUGAACUGGCCGUUAAUCCGGACGUUAUCGGCACCGGAAGUACGUGGAAUAGCGUUUAAGAGGAGCAAGUCGCAUAUCAGUGGCAUGGCAUUGCAGAAGAGAAGGCAAUGGUGGAGAAAGGGGCUUAGUUUCUUUGUGGGAAGAAAUAAAUUUAGUCUCAACUCGAAUCAUAAUUAUUAUUGUUCGAUUAAUAAUGAUAAGGUUCGGAAACAUGUAUGAUUUCAUUUUGUUUACCGUUUUGUUACAGAUGUUUGUAUAUGUAGGAAGUGAGAAUACGUCAAUUUUGUUGAGCGGUUUGUUUUUGGGAUCACGGUCCGACCCAACCCCAACUGAAUUGAAAUAUAUGUGAACAAUUUUUAUAUUUAAUUGAAAAUGAGUUGCAUUUCA